AUGAAUGAUGCAACAAGUGUGCUCACAAGUCAUACAAAAAAAUAUCAUAUACCAUUAAAUCAUAUCAAUCAUACAUAUAUAGAACAAUGUACAGAUGGAAUUGAACUUGAACAAAUACUCAAAGUAUUAAUAAGUGGAGAAAUUGGUUCACAUACAAUUUUGGAACAAUUAACAAUUGAUCGAAUUCGAAAGAUUCAAUCAACAAAGUAUCAAACAUUUCGACAAGAUCAAAUUUCAAUCAAUAAUAAAUCAACUUCAUCGAAUAAUGAAUCACAACAAAUUACUAAUGUUAUUCAUUCAAUAUCUAAUUCUUCAAAUAUCAAUAAUGGCAAUGCUACUAUUUCCGAACCUAUCAUAAAUAAUGAUUUUAAAGUAACAGUACCAAAAAGUAAUGAAGAAUGGGCAAAUUUUGAACAGCAAGUUUCUUCUGAAUUUAAUACGGAUUGGGAAGAUAAUAAUAGUGAUAAUAAUGAAUUAUUAAGAACUCAAUCUUAUGAAGAUCGUAAACGUAUUCAUACAGCUGAACAACAUCGUCUUAAUGGAGAUACAGCAUUUAAAUUAAAUAAUUAUCAACAAUCAAUUGAUUUAUAUACAAAAAGUAUUACACUUGAUAAAAAUCCAAUAACAUAUAUGAAACGAGCAAUAGCAUUUUUUAAAUUAGAUAAUUUUGAUUCAUCUAUACAAGAUUGUUCUCAAGUAUUAUCAAUUAAUUCAAAAGAUAUUCAAGCUUUAUUUCGUCGAGCUUCAUGUUAUUUUGCUAAACAACAAUAUGAUAAAGCAAAAAAUGAUCUUGAUAAUAUUCUUAUAAUUGAACCUGAUAAUGAUGAAGCACAAAACUUAUUAAAUAAUGUUUUAACUGUUCGACAUAUGAAUAGUAAUUUAAUUGCCAGUGAUAAUAAAGUUGAAUCACCAACUACUAUAUCUUUACAAAUUCCAUCAUUAGAAAUCGAAGAUAAAGAAGAACAACAAGUAAACAAUACCAUGAGUCAUUCUAUGAAUAUAGAUAUUUCUCAAAAUCAAAAUAUACAUUCUAAUUUUAAUGUUGAAUUUGAUCAUCAUACAAAUCAAUAUCAAUUAUCAUCAUUACAUGAUGAUGAAGAUGAUAUGGCAUUAGGUGAUGAAGCUAAUGGUGGUAUAGUAGAAAAUUUAAGUGAUGAUGAAGAACAUAUUGCACGUAGUGGAAAUGUAUCACCAACUAAUAAUAAUGAUUCUGAUACACCAGAAUCAAAUAAUCGAAAACCAUUCGAACCAACAUCAAUAAAACAAACAAUUAUAAAUACGACAAUUGAUGAUAGUAUUGCUAUUGGAAUGAAUGAAAAUCAUAAACAAUAUAAUACUUCAAAUAUAUAUCAUCAUCAUCAACUAAGUACUGAUUAUGAUGAUUUACAUGAUAAACUAAAUAAUCAUAAUAUACCAUCAAUAUCAAAGAAUUCUCCAACAUAUAAAUCAAAUACAAGUUUUUCAAAUUCAUGGACAAAUCAUAAUGAUACAUAUACGCGAAGUAUAUCAAUUACUGAUACUAUUUCAAAUUCAAAUUUUGGUUUAACUAUACAAAAUUGGUUACAUGAUUUAGUUAAAUCUCAACCAAAUCAUCGAUUUUCAUCAUAUUAUGAUCGACCAUGGUCAAAAAAUUCUAUACCAUGGUCACUUAAUAAAAUUAUGGGUGAUAUUGAAAGAUUUAGUGAAUCAAAUAAUUAUAAAAAUGCUAUUGAUGUAUCAAAAAAAAUGCUUCACAAUGGCAUACUAGAUUAUCAUUAUUAUACAGAAUAUAUUGUUCAAAUAUUGACUAUUUGUGCUGAAUGUUAUUUAAAACUUAAUGAUAAUAUACAUGCUAUUCAAUAUGCUACUGAAGCUUUACAAUAUAAUAAAAACGAUAGUGAUAUAUUAUUUUGUCGUGCUAGAGCAUUUGAAAAUGAAAAAUUUUUACUCUUCAGUUAUGCUGAUUAUGAACGUGUAUCAACUAAUAAUUUUAAUUAUCAUGUUACACAACGAGCAUGUGAAAAAUUAGAGACAGAAUUAAAUUCUACUACAGAUGAAAAAUGGCGGGAAAAAUUAACUGUUGAUAAAAAUGAUGAUGAACAUUAUUUAACUUAUUUAAAAACGAAAAAUGAAUAUUCAGAAAAUAAUUCAUAUGAAUGGUAUCGUAAACAUGCUGAUCAAUUAUAUAUUGAUGGUUGUUUUAUUCUUGCUAUUCGAUGUUAUACAUUUUGUAUUGAAUUUCAAUCUACUACAACAUAUUCUUAUUUAAAACGAGCUGCAUGUUAUUUAAAUGUAUUUGAGCCACAAAAAGCAAUUGAUGAUUGUGAUAUAGUAUUAAAAGAAGAUAAAAAUAAUUUUUAUGCUUUAUAUCAUAAAGCAUCAGCAUAUAAAAUGUCUCGUGAUGAUCGUUUGCAUGAAUUAAUAUUAAAAGAAUGUAUAAAAUUACAACCACAUAAUCAAAUUAUUCUUUCAGAAUAUUAUACAUGUCGACGUGAACAAAUUCCAAGAGAAAAACGACGUAUACGAACAAAUCAAAUAAUAUCAAAAGUAAAUAAUGAUAAUAGUCUUUCAUAUAAUGAACUUGAACAAAUACGUUUAAAUAAAAUAUAUUCAAAUACAUUAUUAAAUUCAAAUGAUAUUAAAGAUCAAUGUUCAUUUAUUCUUCAUUUACCAGAAAAAAAUUCUCUUCAAUCAUUUGAUUGUGCAACAAUAAAAUUAAUUGAAAUAAUUAUUAAUAUUAGUCGUAUAAUGAUUCAAGCUGAACAACAUUAUCAACAAGAACAUAAAUCAGAAAUAUUAUCAUUUUCAUAUAUAAAAUUUUGUUUUCAUAUUCUUGUUGAAUUAACAAAACUUCCGCAAAUUGAUAUAGUUUUAUCAACAAUUGAUGAAAAUUAUCGAGCACUACUUGAUGAUUUACUUUCAUAUUAUUCAUCUAUAUCAUCAAUAUUUAAUGAUAUUGAACAAUUAAAUCGAUUAAAAAAAUUGUGA